AUGAGCGGCACCAUCAGCCCCGCAGACUCUGCGGAAACUCCGACUUUUUGUCCUUCGCAAGAAGAACAAAGUGUAAUUUCCCGCGUUCUCGCGAGCCACCCGCGCCUCAUGCUCGUUCGCCAAACCACUCAACUCCGCGCCAUCAUGACAAUCAUUCGAAUCUUCUACGCCGACCGCGCCAUCCGCCUCCUCAUCGAAGAGGCUCUCAACGGGCUGGCCUUCGCGAGCGGCCUUUGUGGGGUUUCGAUAGUGCGGGCCGGCGAGUCGAUGGAGUCGGCUUUGCGGGCAGUUUGCAGGGGCUGCACAAUUGGCAAGAUUCUCAUUCAGAGAGACGAGAAGACCUCGGAACCACUGUACUACACGAAGCUGCCUGCGGACGUGCACCGACGCAGCGUGCUGCUGAUGGACCCCAUGUGCGCGACGGGGGGAAGUGUUUGCCGCGCAGUUUCGGUUUUGAAGAGUUGCGGAGUUGAAGAAGAAAAAAUUGUUUUUGCGACUCUCAUGGCGGCCCCCCCGGGCAUUCAGAAAGUGCUGCAGCAGCACCCCGGCAUCCGCAUUGUCUGCGCCUCCAUUGAGGCGGGGCUGAAUGACAAAAACUUCCUUGUGCCAGGCAUUGGAGACUUCGGAGACAGGUACUUUGGGACUGAGUAA